CCCAUUCGUAAUUUUACCCCAUGUCCCAGAUUUAGUCUCACCAAUCUAAACCAUUUCUACGACUCUAAAUCUUUCGUAAGCAAGCAACCACGGUCCGCAGUCAGGACAUCAACCGGUUUGAGCGUCGUAAGCUACCGUUUUCGGGCAUGGGCCUGGAUGUGACCCUAACUCAUCGCCCUGAACCAGCACGACAAGUCCGGCUGAACUGCAUCGCAUAAUACGAACUUCCGUCAAUGCAGCCACCCCGCCGUGGUCGUCAAAACCAUACCGGCAGGUUCUCCUCUUCCUGUCUGAGGCGAGGCAAUCAACUCAUGCUGGUAUCCCAACUCAGCACAUCCCCCAUCCUCCACCAGCAUCACCACCAUCACCAUCACCAUCACCAUCACCAUGAUCCUCCACUCUUCCCCCCGAGGAUCCCUCCUCCAAUGGCUCUCCUCGCAAUUCAGCCGUCGUCGAUUUCAACUCACCUUCAUCCUCGCCAGCACCAUCGCCUUCUUCUACCUCUUCCGCCUCAACAUCCUCCCCACCGACUAUGAAGUCCCCUUCAAACCCCGCUACGCUCGAUCCCUCUCAGCCCGGGACCUUCUCGCCCGCCCCCUCUCCCAAGACCUCACCACCAUCCCCAAAAUCAUCCACCAAACCUGGUUCCCGGCCGGCACCAACAUGAGCGAAGACGCCCAAGCCUGGGUGAAGACCAUGCGCGCCCAUAACCCAGAUUGGGAGUAUGUUCUCUGGGAUGACGAGACCAACCGCAUGCUCGUGGAACAAUACUUCCCGUGGUUUCUGACGGAUUAUAACCGUCUUCCGAAGGAGAUUCAUCGCGCCGACGUGGUCCGGAAUUUAUACAUGUAUCUUUUCGGAGGAAUGUACGCCGACGUCGACACCGAAGCCCUCCGACCCUCCGAGCCCCUUUUCACCGGCCACGCCACCACCCUCGCCAAACACACCCAACUACUCUACUCCGGCCCGCGCAAAAGCCAAGACAGCACGCAGCGCGGCUUCGUCGGCCACAUGGCCCACAAAGAAGGACUGGAUGGCCCCGGCGCCGUCCCCAACGGCUGGAUGGCCUCACCCCCGGGUCACCCGUUCUGGCUGUUGCCCGUGAUCCACGUGAUCGAUAACCCUAACGGCAACGGGGACGGGUCUGUGGAAGGGUUGACGGGGCCCGGAGCACUAGGCGAUAUGCUGCACAAGUCCUGGGUAUUCUGGUCCAAUCUGACCAUUCUUUAUAAUAAAUGGGUAAUAGAGUCGACUGAUUUUCCAAUAAUCCUCACAACAUGGCACCUCAUCUUCGCAACCCUAGCCACCCAAUUCCUCGCCCGAACAACCACCCUUCUCGACGGUCGCAAGAAAAUCCGCAUGGACGGUCGAACCUACCUCCGCAUGAUCGUCCCCAUCGGUAUCCUCUACAGCGGGAGUCUCGUCUGCAGUAACAUCGUCUACCUCUACCUCAACGUAUCUUUCAUCCAGAUGCUAAAGGCCUGCGGCCCCAUCAUAACCCUCCUCACCAGCUGGACCUGGCACGUAACCCGCCCGUCCGUCUCCUCCUUCCUCAACAUCCUCAUCAUCGCCUUCAGCGUGGGUCUGGCCGUGGCCGGCGAAGUGCAAUUCUCCUGGAUGGGGGUAUUUUUCCAACUAGCGAGUUUGGUUUUCGACGCGAAUCGUCUCGUGAUGAUCCAGAUCUUGGUCUCCGAUGACGGAGGAGGGGGAGGGGGAAGUUUGAAAAUGGACCCCCUCGUCACGUUAUAUUACUCUGCGCCGGUGUGCGCGUUCACGAACUUCAUGAUUGCGUUUUAUACGGAACUCAGGGCGUUUCGGUGGGGGGUGGUGAGUGAGACUGGGGUGGGGGUGUUGGUGGGGAAUGCCGUCGUGGGGUUUAUGUUGAAUGUUUCGAUUUUUGUUUUGAUUGGGAAAACGUCCGGGUUGACUAUGACGCUGGUUAGUGUGCCGAAGAAUAUUCUGUUGAUUGUGUGUUCGGUGGUUAUUUGGGGGACAGAGAUUAGUGGGUUGCAGAUUGUGGGGUAUGCGAUUGCGUUGGUGGGGUUGUUAUAUUAUUCGCUGGGGUGGGAGGUGAUUCGGGGGUUGUGGGAGGGGGGGUAUGGGUAUAUGAGGGUGGUGGGGGGGAGGGAGAGGGAGAGGCCAGAGGAGAAGUCAGAGGAGCCUGGGGAGGUGUAA